CGCAAAGGUCUAAUGCAAAGAGGGCGCAAAGGUUAGGAAAGCGAGGUCUGCUGAGCUAAGUGGAGUGAAGCAGCAAGCGAGCAAGAUGCUGCCGUUGGAAUGUAAAAUGUGUUGACCUCGCGCGGAUAAAGAAACGGUGUUUAAAGCGUAUUAUGGCAUCCGUGUUAUCCGGAAAAGGAUACAUGGAUGCGGGGAACACUCAGAAGGGCCUUCCAGCCCCAGGGGCUGGUGGUAGCCCGGCGGUGGACAAGGGAAAAGAAUGGCAAAUGGAGCUCCUUAUGGAGAAGCUUCGUUCAAAGGCUGCUUCCUUCAAAUCCUUCGUUGAAAUUGCCAAGAAUCUGCGGAUGGCCAUGCUGGAUAAAAGAUUCGCCCUUGAUAGUGUUGAAAAAAAUCAACUACAGAAAUGCCUCGAUACUUUGCAACAUUCCAUAAAGGUCACAUCUUUGCAGUCUAUGGUAGAGCGACUAGAAAGUCUGACGAGGCAGUUAGGACUCAAAUUCAUGUUGGGGACUUCUGGUACACAACUGUUUAUAUCAUCGGAUAUGUUUUAUCUUGAAGUUCUUUUGGAAUCAACUGGUGCUGUCAAAGAUGUAAAAAUUCAUCAUGAAGGGAAAAACGAGCAGCAGAGUUGCGAAGAAUUGGUCACCUGUUUGUCCCGAGGAGAUUUUGUUGACUUUACGGCUCAACUGGAAGGAUUGGCCUCUAUCUAUCAGCUCAAUGCUGAAAAAAAAGUCAAAUGCAAGGCUUUCAGUGCUUUGCAGUCCCUCGAAGCAGACUUGGGUAUCCUGGCCCAAUUACAGACCUUUAUGAAGGAACCUUUCAAUCUUGUACACAAAAGCCCUGUUGGAAUUUUGGAGAGGAGAAAAGGAGGCCACGCAAUGAAACUAACUUAUUUCGUUUCACCAUACGACCUAAUUGACCAGGGAAAUCGAAGCUGUGAUAUCCUCAGCUCUGAGGCUAUUAUCUCCCGGAAAAUUGGUCAUUCUGUCACAGUUUGUAUGGAAGGUUCGACGGCUCAUAAGCUACCGACCUCCAGUAUCAUCACUGUUAAUCAAACACCGGCUGGAAAAAGCACUCCGUCAUACGCUCUAUUAACUGGAACAAAUUCUUCAAUGUUACCUGCUUGUUUCACUUUGAAAUUGGCGAAAAAGAUGCCAAUGUGCCUGGAAUUAGUUCACAGAAUACAGAAAGUGACGGAACUAGAAUGUGGUGAUAUUUCAUCUCCGCAUCCGUUAUUAAGUCUAGUAGUACAACACGCAAGCGAUGGUCGACUGGAUUGUCACAAUAACAAAGGCCUUUUUGUGACGUUACCGGAUCAGCAGCAUUGCUAUUUCAUGACAGAAAACCGGAAUAUGGAAGGGGUGCUGGUCAGCAGCAUUCCAUUUACGCAUCCUGCCCACGUUCCCCAGAUCCUGGUGUACCUCAGGCAGCAGGCACUUUUCAAUUCGUUACUUGCAAGCUGCGUUAGACCGAUGGCACGGCAAGACCCUGAACACACGGUGAUGUUUGAGGUCAGUGCUUUAUCUUGGCAACAUCUUUCGGUCAGCCUUGAGCACCCCUUUGAAGAAACAAUGGCAACUGCAGAACUCGAUCUCUCGGACAUAUCAAGCUUGAAAUGUAAAUUAUACGGAGUUAGCAUGAACAACAGCGAGUCUUCGUCAGAACUGGCUGGUAAAGUGUUGCAGAAAUGCCUUAGCAUCCCUGUAACAAUGAGAACGUUGAUAAAGACUUGGGAGGGUAGGAAUCCUGCUAAUUCUAACGCAAUGAAUAGCAAUGGCGGUAAUUAUAAUAUUAAUCUCGGUCCUGGCAGAGACCAAAAUGGACACAGUGGUACGGGUAUGCCAGAUUUCAACAGUGGAGAUGUAAAGAUCAAGCAAGAACCGGGAUUGAACGGUAGCGGAGGUAUCGGUAGGCAACAAUCGUCGCAGCAGUCUUUUUUAGAAGCCGGAACGGAGAAUAGUAUCGGUUUUCCGUCUUUUUCCGGCCAUUCCGAUACAACCACUGCUAUGUUAAAUCCUCUGCAACUUGGGGCGCUUCUUGGUCAAGCUAAAAACUCUGCAGGUUUGAUUAAUCCGUUAGUAGAGCGACCUUCUAAGAAAGCGAGAAAAAGAAAAACAGCUGACGGGCUGUGGAGAAGUCCGAAGAGGAAAGGUGAGGAGAUGAGCGAAAUCCUCUUGGAAAGUUCUAGUUCUGAUUCGACACCUUUAGGCACACUUACUAGUAGAGAUAAUCCAAACGAGCUUAGAACUCCCACACCAACUUCCGCUGCUAGUCUUGCGAGUGGUCUCGAUUUGUCUAAUCUAGACCCUGCUGAUAUUUUAGGGACUGAUAAAAGCUCAGAUUAUGAUAUGGAGAACGAAAGUGAAAUCGUUGAAGUUCACGACUUGCAAGAUGUCGAGGAACUAUUGAAGCGGGAGAGAAAGUCUAAGAAACGCGAAGACAAGAAGAGCCCUAAUAUAUUUGAGGACAAUAAAAAUUUGGUUCCACCGUCAGUUAGUAUAACGCCUAUUUCCAGCAGCGGAAUUGCACAAUCAUCAAAUUAUAAUUCUGUAUUGACAGGAAUGGGGCUAGAAAGGCGACCCGGCAUUGAGAUUAUACCUAUAGCUUCGUCUCCGCAAACUAGCCUUCCUAGCUCGAUCACCAUCACUCCGAUUGCCGGUCCGGCUUCAAAAAACUUGACAGAUGAGCGUAGGGACAGGAAGAGUUCAAAAAAUAAGACAGAGGAUAAAAAUAAACUAGAGAAGAAGAGAAAACGGAAGAGAGAAGACAGUCCUAUGGGACCUCCCGACAAGCUACCGUUGAAGCCAGAUCCUCUGUCAAAACCUGUUUCGGUGAGUAUUAAACCUACCGAAUCUCCUCCAAAUCUGACAACAAGACCUUCGUCACCUGCAGCUACGCUCAGAAAAUUUAGUCCGUCUCCUACGCAUACUAGUCCGUUAGCUCUUGUUGGAAAGUCGAGCCCUACCCUAAAGCAACCUGUUAACAAACCAAUACAAAGUCCCAAACAUUCACCUGUUUACAAUAGCCCUAAACAUACGACGAUACCGGCGAGUGUCAGCCCAAAACAUGGUACUUCAUCACCAAAACACGGGAGCUCAGCCAGUGCCGGAAAACCCAGCAUGUCAGCUUUAAAAUCUGCAGCUAAUUCACCAUCAAGCAAGAGUAGCGACGGUAUGCCAAAAGCAAAGUCUUCUAAUAAAGAUUCCAAUAGAGAUAAAGAGAGGAAAGCAUCCUCUCUGACUUUUAGCGGGUCGGGUCACCAGAGUCCAAAAAUGAAAUCGUCUAGCGCAAAGUUAAAACAAUUGGAUUUAAAUCCUAGCGCCGAGACUCCUCCGUCUCUACCGAGCAGUGGAGGCAGCACGCCUCCCUCUGGUGGCUCGGAUAUUGGAAAAUCAGCUACUGCUCAACAGCAAGCGAGGAAUAGAAAAGGCUCACUUAGUGCCGUUAUUGACAAACUUAAGAAUGCCCAACAUUGUACAGAGGAUGGUAACGGGGGGUCUAAGGGUAGUCAAAAGGAUCGAGUUAGUUCUAAUAAAGUUGGUGAGGGUAAAAGCGGAAGCAAAACACCUGUGGAUACUAAAAAUCCAGCUGAAUACAUGGUAAAACAUAGUUCUGAAAUGAAAAUCACGAUCAAUAAAAAAGGGACAAAAGACUCUAAGUCUAGUCCAAAUCUCAAAUCUUCAUCAGGAUCUUCCUCCAGCUCCGGCAAUGGGUCACCAAAGACACAUACUGGUCUUAAACCAGGAGUGAAUUCGGGCCCUGCGUCUAAGAAACCACAGCAACAAGUCCCCCCGAAAUUGCCUGGCAGUUCAGGAUCUGGGAACAGCAGCAACAAAGCGAAUCUUGCUGGUCAAAAAGUGCCUUCUGUUCAAAAAUCCGCUUCUGGAUCUAACUCAGGAUCUAGUGGUUUACUAGCAAAGGGUAUUUCAGCGAAGUCGUCUGGUUCCCCCAAGAUGAAUAGCUCAGGUGCAACAGACCUGAGUCGUAACAGGGAAAAACCUAGACCACCAAAAUCUGGGGAGAAGAAUAUUUUUGGUUCUAAAAGUUCAGACGUUAGAAAAACCUCCAGCCCAUCGGCAUUGCGGGAAGAGAGCGAGAGCGAAAGAGCUUUUAAACUAUUGGCAGCACAUGCAUCAAUGUCAAAUCUACCUAAUCUACCGCCUCAACUUGUUGUCGAGGGACUGAUGAAACAACUGGAUACCAAAUUUCAGAUACCAAAAUUGUCUGCGCGUACUAACACAGAUGUAGAUAAAAAACCAGUCGACAAACUGUCGAUAUCAGAUACUAGUAAUAAUAGAGCUGACGUAAGCAAACUGUUAGAUAGUAAACCAGAUACUGCGAAAACCCAAGCUGUUUCUCUGUCCAAUGCAAAGCCAACGGACGAUAGAAGGGAGGUUCAAUCAAAGCCAGAUAACUUGUGCACUGCUUUGAUGCCUGUUAAUAUUGCAAACAGCAGUCCAAGCUUGAUUAUGCCUCCGCCCACUGUCAGUCCUCAUGAUUCUGACGUUCCGACUAAUUUGUCUAUGCAGCCAGCAGAUACUGAAUCCAGAGAGAUUAAAGAGAUUGCUAACAGACCGUCGCAGUUUCUCAACUGUGCUCCAUUGAAUGCUGCCAGCAAAGAUGACACUGUAUCAAAAACCGAUCCCAUAUCGACACAAAAAUCUUAUCCUCUAACAAACAGCGGUACUGAGAGUCUCAAUUUGAGCACCAAACCGGCGGAUGCCGCGUUGAAUAAGUACAAAGAGGAGAAAAAGCCAGGGAGCGUCUCAAUUGAUACCACCAUAAAACCGCCACCAUCCUCUCAAGAGGCUGCUGAAAUGCUGCUGGACUUUUCUACACCUAAAGAAGUACCGAAGUUGACUACUGUCCCUGAAAGAGCUAUGGCGCAAGCUGCUCCUGUACGAAGGAACACACCGCCACCUCCACCUCCCACCUUUCCUCCAAGUCCAUCAGUCAGUGUUCAUAUUGUAAAAAGUCCUGCUCCUUCUCCAAGAGUUAUACCGCCUUCUCCUCACUCCGCCUCUCCCUGUAUAACCGACGACGAGUUAAUGGACGAAGCACUUGUCGGUAUAGGCAAAUGAAGGUUACUUAAAAUUUAGCUACUUAAUUAUUACUCACGGAUAUUCUGGUCCAGAUUAAAGAUUUAACCAAUAUAGAGCAGGUCCUCUUUCACAGUUAGAAUUCUCAAGUGCUGAAUGAUUAAUAGGUAAUCUAUUUCUUGAAAAUAAAUUUACAAAUUUUAUUUAUUUUUUUUUUUUUUUACUAAAGAAUCAUUCUCUAUAAUUUUUAAAUAAUCUGUGACCAAAGUGCACUUGCAUAGGUAUUGACGUAAAGAGCUCCCUUUACAUUGAAGUUUUGCAAUUCGGACGCAGAAUUCUCCCAUUAUUCUCCUAGACAAUCAUUUUCGGAAUCUAUGUCUGCGGCAAAUAAGUCAUCAAGUGCCAGUGUUGAAAGGAACUACGAUUGUCUUAAGCCCAUCGAUAGAAUUGUAUCGUCAAAUGGUGAAAGUCUCCGCUUGCCAUGUAAAUUUAGAAUCGAAACUAACUGAUUUUCAAAUAGUAUUUGGAUCAGGUAUUACCAGAUACUGCUGGACAGAAAAAUGGAAGUCAAUCAUUUAUUUUAGCUGAAAAAUUUCAGCAAAGCUUUUCAUUUGUAGCUAAGGUGUAAAUGUAUGUAUAAGACUUGAUAAUAAAUGUUGUUGUUAAGCCUUACUUCUGGUAAAAAAAAAAAAAGAA